UUGCGCUCAGUGUCUCCGCAGGACUACGACGAUGAUUAUGGAGAGGCUGCAUACGAAGAUUUACAGCCACAGAACUGCUCCACUGCGGAGAAAAUCAAAGGCGGAGAUGUCACUUAUUCACAAGGCGGUUUGGAGGGCAGCGUGCUGACUUAUCACUGUGCCCUGGGGAGCUACCCAUUCCCCGUCAGCUACAGGGUGUGUGGUGCUGAUGGAGAGUGGUCACCCAUGAGGUUAUCCAGCGGCAGACGUGUGUCCAGUGCCACCUGCAAAGACAUGUUGUGUCCGGCUCAGCUCCAACUGGAUAAUGGCGACAUCUGGCCCAGGGAUCAGUGGUUGCCCAUUGGGAGUAUGCAGAGCUUUUCCUGCCUGGAAGGGUUCACCCUAUCCGGGUCAGAACACAGAAACUGCACUGUAUCUGCAGAGUGGACAGGAACCCCUCCAGUCUGUGAUGAUCAUGCGGAUGACUGUGAUGACCCCGGGAUCCCUCCCGGUGGGGAAAGGAUAUCUGGUCACUUUCAUCUGGGAGAAAAGGUGACUUACACAUGUCAGGCUGGGCUGCAUCUGCUUGGUUCAGCUGAAAGGGUUUGCCUGGCCAACAGGGAGUGGAGUGGCUCAGCACCACGUUGCCAAGGCCCACUUACCUUUGACUCCCCCAGCUCUGUGGCUGCAGCCUUGGCAGGAUCCCUCGCAGGAGUGAUGGAUGUCCUCUCUCCUGAGGCCAAAAAGAAAAAAGAGGGCCCUUCCUUUGGACGAGCAUUUCUCGUGGGUGAAGUCGGCCGUAUGAAUGUCUACAUUUUAUUGGACACAUCUGGGAGCAUUAAAAAGGAAGACUUUGAAAUUUCCAGGACUGCCACCGUUGCCCUGAUCAGGAAGCUGGACAGUUAUGAGGUACAGAUUAAUUUCCACGUGGUGUCGUUUGCCAGCGAGGUCAAAGUCAUCAUGGACAUCACAAACACAUAUAUGAGUGGUAACGUGGAAGAUGUCAUUGAUGCUCUGAUGGAGUUCGACUACAACAGCCACGGACGUAAGACAGGCACCAACCUGCACUCUGCACUGAUCAAUGUUGGCGAAAAGAUGAGUUUCUUAAAGCAAAACAGCGCAAAGAACCAUUUUAAUGAGACCCAGCACAUAAUCAUCAUAGAAACAGAUGGUUACUCCAACACAGGUGGAGAUCCUCGGACUGCUCUGGCCAAGAUCCGACACAUACUGAAUUGCAGCACGUCACUAGAAGAUCACACAAAUGAGAGAAUGCUAGAUGUCUAUGUAUUCGGCAUUGGGGACAAAGUGAAGAAAGGUGAAUUGAACCAUCUGGCCUCAAAGAAAAGUAAGGAGCAGCAUUUCUUCAUCCUGAAAGACUUCAAGACUCUGGGAGAGGUGUUCAACAGCAUCAUUAGUGACCAGAGCGUAACGAUGUGCGGGAUAGCUCAGGAGGACAUCUCCAAGGAACAUGAGGAGGAUUCAGGAAAAGCGCACACCAUGCCCUGGCACGUUACUCUGCAAUCAUCGGGGCACACAAAGUUCUGUUCUGGAACAAUCAUAAGCCCAAACUGGGUGCUGACGGCAGCUCACUGCUUUUCCAAAGUGACCACAAUCGAGCAGCUGAGCAUGAACACUGGUGAUGGACUAGUGAAGGCCAACAAGGCGAUCAUACACCCCAAUUACAACGUCAGCGCACUCAGACACAGAAACGUGUCUGAGUUCUAUGACUACGAUGUGGCUCUGGUACACAUACCCAGCAACAUCAAACUGUCCUGGAAAGCCAGACCAAUCUGCUUACCAUGUACUAUACCGGCCUCACGAGCCAUGAGGAAAAUCAACUCUACCUGUGAGGAGCAUAGGAAGGAGCUAUUACAUCACAUGCAGACUCCUGCGUUUUUCAUCCACAAGAGUAACAUGCGUGCACAGACACAUAUCCAAAUCCAGGCUAAGAGGCCUGGCUGUGUGGAGAAGGCCCGGCAUACGCUGAAAGAACCCACGAAUGUGACUUUGGAUGAAUACGUACCCGACAGAUUCCUCUGCACUGGGGGCACCGAAGGGUACCAAGACGCUGUCAGCUGCAAAGGUUCGAUGUCUGGGGGGGACUCCGGCGGAUCCUUGUUUUUGCAGAAAAGAAAGCGCUUUUUUCAGGUGGGAGUCGUGAGCUGGGGCUCCGUGAAUGUAUGUGACCAGUCCAACCCAGCUAACAGGCAAAACAGAGGCCGAAGACCUGAUGAGAACGCUCGAGACUUCCACAUUGACCUCUUCAAGAUCAUGCCUUGGUUGAAGAAACAUCUGGGUCAGGAUAUCCAGUUCUUGCCUGACAUCAAGUGA